CCAGCGCUGGUUGAAUUUGCUGGCUCUUCCUUCCCAUGAGGGCUUUCUGCUAGGCCGGCAAAGGCUGGACGCCAAACCUGACACCUGGGGCCAGAACUACACUUCCCACCAAGCAGCGAGGCAGGAGGAAGAAGGGGGCACUGAGGGCUGAAAAGGAAAACCAGAAGAAAGAGAAAACAUUACCUGCUGACCAGCAGAGGUGAGAGAGCUGGACAGCUCUAUUCUAGGUGGCAAGAAUCAUGCACUUCUCCAGCUCAGCCAGGGCAGCAGAUGAGAACUUUGACUAUUUGUUCAAGAUUAUCCUCAUUGGGGAUUCCAAUGUGGGGAAGACGUGUGUGGUGCAGCAUUUCAAGUCUGGAGUCUACACGGAGACGCAGCAGAACACGAUUGGAGUGGACUUUACCGUGCGCUCCCUUGAUAUUGAUGGCAAGAAAGUGAAGAUGCAGGUGUGGGACACAGCUGGCCAGGAGCGCUUUCGCACCAUCACCCAAAGCUACUACCGCAGUGCCCAUGCGGCCAUCAUCGCCUAUGACCUCACCCGGCGGUCCACGUUUGAGUCAGUCCCUCACUGGAUUCAUGAGAUAGAGAAAUAUGGAGCUGCAAAUUUGGUCAUUAUGCUGAUUGGAAAUAAAUGUGACCUCUGGGAAAAGCGGCAUGUCCUGUUCGAAGAUGCCUGCACACUGGCUGAGAAGUAUGGCCUCCUGGCCGUUUUGGAGACAUCUGCCAAAGAAUCCAAGAACAUAGACGAAGUCUUCGUGCUCAUGGCCAAGGAGCUGAUCGCCCGCAACAGCCUGCACCUAUAUGGGGAGAGUGCCCUGAACAGCCUCCCACUGGACUCCAGCCCCGUUCUCAUGGCCCAGGGUCCAACUGAAAAGACCCACUGCACUUGCUAAGAUGUUUGCAAAGCCAGUCACACACACCAAAGAGGCCGCCUCUGAAACUAAAGGUAGCCAGGAUACCGUAGUGUUGCCCCAGUGGCACUUUAGACCCCAGCGUGGACUUGCCGCUCACCCCUAAUCCUCCCAGUCUGGAUGGGUCACGCUUCUCCCUUGACUCACACCACAGGUCAUAGCUGCUGACUCUCAGGAAAACCAGCACCAUUGUUUUCACUGACUCUUGACUCCUGGAGAAAGCAGGACUUCAGGCCAGGAGAGGGAGGACGAAUUGUACUCUUCUCCCCUUUCACUUUUCUGUCUCCCCAACGCUUCUGCUGCUUUCUACUGAAUUUUAUUUCUUGCUUGAAGAAGAGCGUAGUAAAGGAGAGGAGGGAGGCGAAACAGCAAGAGAGAGAAGAGGCUGUUUGGAACAUUCUGGAGCAGUUUGAAACAGCUCAGGCAGGGAGAAUGAAACAAAAGCCUGCAAUAAGAAACCAGAGGCCGGCGCGGUGGCUCAAGCCUGUGAUCCCAGCACUUUGGGAGGCCGAGACGGGUGG